CCAGAGCCUUGUUCUCCAUUUUGGGUUUCAGCAAAUGUUUUUGUGGUCCGACAGUUCCCCGGGGCCGUCCUAGUGUUAGUUUGCCGAACACAUAUUAUUGCUGAGUUCCUAUGAAAUUGCGCAACAUUUUGCGGUCCGAAUUCUAUACUAUUGAGACAUGCUUGGCCUCAGAUUUGUUUACAUUUUUUAAAUACAUAUAAUAUUCUCACGUUCGAAAAGGAAAUCAGUGUGGAGGGAUAGAAGGAGCAGAGAGCAGCACGUUGUACAUCAAGCAGCAUGGCUCUUGUACCUUUACUAAAAAGGUUUAAACGCCUUCUUAUAUUUGUAUUGACACCAAUUAUAUUUGCUCCUUUACUAAUUGCCGUAGAUUCACAGGAAACACGAGCAGCUUAUGGAAUUGCCAUCAUGGCUGUUUAUUGGGUUACUGAAGUGACACCUCUAGCCGUUACUUCACUGUUACCAUUACUAAUAUUUCCAUUCCUUGGUGUCCUAAAAGCAAAAGUUGUGUGUAUGCAAUAUAUGAAAGAUACAAAUAUUCUUCUUUUGGGAGGACUACUAAUUGCUGUGGCUAUAGAACAAUGGAAUGUACAUAAACGUGUUGCUUUAGCUGUUCUUUUGUUGGUUGGUGUACAGCCAAGACGGCUCAUGCUUGGUUUUAUGAUGGUGACAGCCUUUAUCUCAAUGUGGAUCACAAAUACUGCUACCACUGCCAUGAUGACCCCAAUAAUGGAGGCAGUGUUAAAACAACUAGACAAGCAACAUUUACAUGUUGCUAUUGAAGACGAAUCACCAGAUGAAAAAGAGAAUAUUGAUGACAGUAUUCCUACAUCUGCAAGAAAUGGAAAUUUCACAAAGUCUAUCCAUGAAGAUGACGCAGACUUGGAGUUACAGCGUUUGGAAAGCGGCCCUGAAAAUAAAAACUCAGACACUUGCAAAAAUCUAGUAAAAUAUUAUGAAAAUGAAUUGCACAGAUCUGACAGUGAAGCACGUAUUCCCUUGUUAAAAAUUUCAAACAAUAUUGUAUAUGACAGUAUACCAACCACUCCCAAGACAAACAAUACAUAUUCAUCAAGAAUUUAUGCCAGGAGUGAGGAGAAAACGAAUACUGAGCUUGAAGCUCGUCAUCGCACAUUUUGUAAAGCGAUGUUGCUGUGCAUUUGCUAUUCUGCUAACAUUGGUGGUACUGGAACACUCACCGGGACUGCUCCACAAUUAGUUCUUGCUGGCCAAAUGGACGACGUGUUUCCAAACGGUCCGUCUAUCAGUUUUAUUUAUUGGUUUGUCUAUGCAUUUCCACAGAUGCUCCUGUUUUUGUUCUUGGGAUGGAUUUAUUUACAAAUGAUGUUUAUGGGCGUAAGCUUCAAACAUCUUUGUUGCUGUCUUCGAUGGAAGAAAAGAAACACGAAAAAAGGUGGAGAACUUUAUGAUGUCAUGAAAAAACAAUACAAAGAUUUAGGACCAAUUACGUUUGCAGAGAUAAUGGUACUAAUAUGCUUCAUCGUGCUCGUACUGCUGUGGUUUCUUCGUGAACCGAAAUUCAUGCCAGGUUGGGGAGAACUAUUCAAAAAAGGAUACAUAUCUGAUGGGACAGCUGCAAUGAUCAUUGCAUUUUUGUUAUUUCAAAUCCCAUCACAAGUGCCAAUUUGUUUAAACUUUUGGAACACUAAAAGAGUGAAUCUUCCACAUAAGACUCUCUUGGAGUGGAAUUCUGUGUCUAAAAAGUUCCCCUGGAAUGUUUUGUUUCUACUCGGUGCUGGUUUCGCUCUAGCGAAAGCUUGUGAGGAAUCUGGUUUAUCUCUUUGGUUAAGUUGUCAGUUGGCUGGAUUAAAAGUCAUCCCAAAUGCUGCUAUUGUAUUCAUCAUAUGCACAAUGUUGACGUUUUUAACCGAAAUCACUUCAAACACAGCAACGGCUACCAUUUUACUUCCAGUCCUUGCAUCAUUGGCGCAAAGCAUUGAAGUCAAUCCUUUGUAUUUGAUGGUUCCUGCAACUGUGUGUGCGUCAUUUGCUUUCAUGUUACCCGUAGCAACACCACCAAAUGCGAUAGUAUUUGCCACUGGUCGUCUAUCUGUCAUAGAUAUGGCUAAAGCUGGUUUUGGUAUGAACAUCAUUGGCAUAAUAAUGGUUACUCUAUCUAUCAAUACUUGGGGAUAUGCGUACUAUGAUUUGGGCAAUUUCCCAACCUGGGCAAGUGUAGGUUCUAAUGUGACGUCACAGUGUGGUGGAAACAUAGCUGCUAACUCUACGACACCGUUUUUUAACGGGACCACGUUAACUCCUACCACGGUUACCUUUUGAUGUUUUGCCGACUGUUAGUAGUAAUAAAUGCACCUAGGUUUUAGUCAAAAUCCUUUUUUUUUAUAUAUUUUAUAUGCAUAUGAAAAUUUGAAAAUAGGUUUAAUGAACUUAUUUUCAAGUUUAAAACUUUUUAUCCCUUCUUUAGAGAACACGUUUCUCUUUAAUCAACCAAGCCUAAUAAUGCUCACAAGAGCCUAAAGAUGCUGAAUAGACUUUAGAUUAGAUAAAGUUGUCAUAAGUUGUAAUAUCCUUUAAAAAGACACAUUUUAGUAGGUAAACCGUAGCGAAUGUAUUAGUGAUAACUUUUUGUUGUUAAUCGCGCUUCAUUUAGCGUGUUGAUUUUAUCAUUUCUUUUAACUCCGACCAUCGGUUUUUACAAGGAGAAAUAAAGGUUACAAUUUUUUUGUAUGACUAUGGACGAUUUUCGUGCAUUAUAUCAGUUUUUGUUGUUUUUAAUGUUUAUUAAAGUUAAGAGGAAAUUUUGUACAUUUUUAUGUAUUAAAACAAAGCUAUAAAACACCUUUCCCGAAUUUCAUAAAUUAUAAUAAUUAUGACGUCAUCUAAAAUUUUAUAACGGUUCUGUGCUCUUUAAAUAAGGAUAUUUAGAAAAAUUAUUAAAUUAUCAUGACAAAAAUGAAGUUGCUAGAACAAUAUAAUAUUCUGGUUGGAUUUUAUUUAGAUUUGAAGAAAAGAAUUUUUUUGAAAACGAAACUAUUCUUGGCAAGCUCUCGACUAUAUAAAGAUUUGUCCGUAACUUUUAUUUUGCAAUUGGGGUACUUAAAGAACAGAAAUAUUUAUGAAAUUUAGGUAAUUUAUUCUACCUUUUGCUAAGGAACUUAGGGAUAAGAAUCAUUUUUAUUAUCGACCUCUUUAAUUGAGUUGGGCAUAAUUAGGAAAUUCGGGAAAGGUUUAUUCUGGUGAUUGUUACAUUUUUGUAAGUUGUCCGAGAGAGCGUUCAUUGAGGAAUGUUUCAGAAAGGGCGUUUUAACUAUAUUAGCAUUUAAUUAAACAAAGAAAACGAGGUGCUAUUAAAGAUGGUUGGUUACUUUAUCAGAAGUCUAAAGUUCUGAACAUCAAUUUUUAUAAAAAGUUUUUUAACGAGAGCAGUAAAUAAAAGCCCCUUUGAAUUACCGCUUCUCAACUACUAUUAUAUAUAGAUGUACAUUAUACAGUAAAUGAUUUUUUAACAUCAAUUUCAUGUGAUUAUUGGUAGACUUUUUUAAAUUUUAUAAAUAAAAUAGUUAAUAAUAGCCACGUGACCGGUGCAUGUUACGUGACCGGUGCAUGUUAAGCCGCCGGUGCAUCCUAUGUCACUGAUGCAUGUUACGUCAUUGAUGCAUGUUACGUCACUGGUGUAUGUUACGUCACUCGUGCAUGUAAAGUAUAUAUGUUUUUAUAGUAUAUCUUUGUAGAAAAGCAAUAUCCAAACGUGAUAA